AUGUUGGAAUAUUGGCCGGAGAUGCUGUACUCAGGGAUCAGAGAUGCUGGCUCGGUUCUCGCCGGAUGUCCGCCUGCUGGUUGGAUUUGCCAUUCUACGAGGAAACGGCGUCCUGAUAGAGUAGAUCCUACGCUCGACUGCCGCCAAACGCCAACAUCGAAGGAAGAGCGUGAUCUGGGUGUGAGUUCAACUCAGAUGGUGAGAUGGAUGUCUGGCAUGGCCUCCUGGUCCUGGCCGUGGCCGUAG